CAGUCAAAUUUGUUUUUUUUUGUUCGUCGCUAGCCCGAAAUGGAUAAUUGGUCACUGAGUGCUUAAGACCUUUAUUAAUUAAACAACUAUCAGUAUGCUUACAAGGACAAUAAUUUUUAUCUUGCCUCUUAUUACAUCAGACAUUUCUGUUUUAGCAAACAAUUACAAUGUAAGGAUUUCGACUGACGAUCCUAUUGUGAAGGGUGGUACUAUACAUUUUAUAGCCACGGUUUAUGAGGGAAAUGAUGUGUCUGAUAACACAAAUCUAAAAUUCUAUUGGGAUGACAAUGCUAUCCCACAACACUCAAGACAGACUGAUAUGAAAAAUGCCACCGAUUUGUGGGCGGUUACGUAUGAGGCGGACAAGUACGCCAUGGGGACCUAUAUCGUAAACGUGGUAGUGAAAAAUUGUUUAAUCGAAAUCGUCUGCUAUGAGGUCGCUUCUGCUCGCAGUUAUUUUGAUAUUACAGAAACCCUGAAUGGAAAGAUGCUUCUAGUUCAGAAGAACAAAACGAUAGACAAAGAUUUCGUCUCUAAUACGAGCACCGUCACCCACGAGAUAGAAUUAAAGGAAACCGACUGGGACUACAUUAAAAACGCGACGACAGUGCUUACGUAUUGGUUCAUAGACUGCACGUAUUACGGCAUCACCACCGACAUGAAAUUCCUUUUCAAUUACACGUCGCCGGGCGAGGAACACUCUCUGGAGGCUUUGGUGAUGGCCGAUUUCACCCCGCCACCCCCUACGACCACGGUGCCGCCCAGUACCACCACCACGAAACCCACUACCACCACCACAAAACCCACUACCACCACUAGUAAACCGACGACGACUACCAGUAAACCUACAAGUACCACGACCUCUACAACGGUUAAACCUAGUCCGGUGACUACCAAGGCUGGUGUUAGUACAGCGGCCUCGACUUCAAUCGCACCUAGUGUAAUUGCGAAAGCGUUGAGGAAGAGAAGUGUGAACACAAACGUUGACGUGAACCUUGUAAAUGGUCCCAAGAUCAUGACGGUUGUGAACGGGUCGAAAGUGCCAUAUAACGUCUCUUUUCCGUACGUGUGCAACGGCACGCAAGUGGCCACGGACUCCAAGAAAACUUAUGGGUACUUUUUCAGAAAAAUCGAAGUAAAAGCGCCCGUCGCGAAGGUCAACGUCACGGGCAACAACUGGAUCCAGCAUGGCGACUUGCUCAAACUGCGAGUCCAGUGUCGGGGUUCCAGGAACAUCGAGUAUUGCGUGGAAUACAAGACGGGAGCCUACAAUGUUACCGGCAACGAGACCUGUUAUCAGUAUAUUCCGUUGGACGCCUGCGAUUUUCAGAUCAACCGUUACUUGUCGGGUUCCAAGUACACCAUUCUCAUCAUCAUUAGGAACGAGGUCAGCAAGGUGGUGCAGCCCGUCGCGGUGACCUUCUAUGAAGUGACUACUCAACCGCAGUUGUCGGUUAUCGUGGUACCGGUCGCUUUCAGUCUGGUGGCUGUCGUCCUUAUCGUGUUUGGCAUCGCCUAUUACAUUCAGAAUCGGUCUAGAUUUGUCAUCGAGGUGGCCGACUUCAACUUCGGCCAGCAGUACAGCGACCUGGAGUACAAGACUUUCAGGGAACGGCUGAGGGACUCCAUAGUGAACGCCUUCACCCGCGGUCCCAGUCCCAGCUCCUCGGAGGUGCCAGUGUGGCCCCCGGGACGCAAGUACGGCAGUAUGACGUAGGAGGGUCCUUCGUAGUGCGACAGACCUAGUGAGAUUUAGCUUUUAUUAUCAUACAAUAGAUGAUAUAUUAUCGCCGUUAUCUUAAGUUGGGCCGUGGACGGUUUGCUUUCAGUAGUUUUUAAUUUUCCUUCGUUUCGAAUUGGAAGGCGGAAAUCGGGGGAAAUAUAAAAAUUGGCUAAAUGUAACGUUGUAAAAAAUGUAUAAAAUUUGUUUAGUUUCUAUUUUGUAAGUUUGGUUAACUUAGGAUUUUGUGAAAAUGUGAAUUCUCGAGGUGUAUUAAAUAUUGGUGAAGAUGUACUGGAAAAAUUUUUAUCUGCAUGUUUAGAGGUCGGGAAAAACACUAAUAUGUGCCAAUUUUUAUUUUUUUUUGCGAAAAUCGAGCAAUUUUCAUGAUCAUUUUUUUUUAAAUAAGAACUCGAUAGACUUACUUGUUUCAAUAUAUUUAUGAGUGGUGAUAUAUUACCCGCCGUUCGGAUAAUAGAAGCAAUUUUCCCCAGAAAACUUCUCAGUUUCGGGGAAAACACAUUUUAAUUGACAGCAAUAUUAAUUGAAACAAUGUUUACAGUAAACGUUCAAAUUUCAGAAAGGUUUUUCACUUCGUAAAUACCACUACAAGAAAAAUCAAGAGGCACCAGGUCUGGCGACCAGGCCGACCACUCUGUUUCACCGCGUUUUUCGAUCCGAUUAGAUUGUAAACAUCAAUGUUAAUC